UUCAAAACACUUCACAUUUGAUUAUUUAUUUUAUAAUAUAUUUCAUUAAAAUAUCAAUUUUUAUAAGUUGGAUUUAAAAGAAAAAAAAGAAAAAAAAGAAACCUUGGCCCAACUUGGAUUUUGAUUUGGGUUUUGAGUCUUUGAGAGGAUAGUUGAAGAAACAAAACCAAGGUCUAGAAUCUCUAGAUAUAAUACAACAGAGAUUCCCUAUUUAAAAAGCGCGCCAAAACCUCAAAUUUGUAUAUUUCCCUCCCCAUUAUAAAUACAAAAACCCGCUUCUAAUACGAAAUACACCGAGUCUGCUAGGGUUUUUGAAUACGAAAGAGAGAGAAAAUGAAUGGCUCAGCCUCAGGUAUGGAAUUAGAUCAACCACAAGAAGAGGAAGAUCGUUUCCUUGCGUUCGUCGAUUACGCGAGGUCUGUGCUCUCGCUUGAAUCCGAAGAAGAAGAUCGAGAUCGAGAUCCGAAUGGAAACGGAUCCGAGACCUCAGGGCCUGGUUGGAGCUGGAUCGCGUCUCGGAUCCUCAAGACUUGCGUUGCCUAUUCCAGUGGCGUCACCACCGCGAUUCUACUCUCUGAUCUCUCUCAGGCAUGGAAUGAGCAACACAGGGCCAGGGCUCCGAGGAAAAGGCCGGAAUGUAUAAAUCAAUUGAAAAAGAAACAUAGGAGAACAAAGCUUCCAAACACCGUUACAAUUGACUCUAUAUAUGAGAGAAAUUUUCUAUCCUUAGGUGGUGUAUUGGAAGUUGUGAUCGUCGAUGCCUUCUCUCUCCCAGGUACAAAUAUCUACAUGCUUACUUUGGGGGAUUUUUGGAGCUCCAAUACCAUUGAUCUUUAUCUCCACCGAAGAUACUAUGAUUUGGUGGAUCCUCAGAAUGGGAUUCUGAAGAAAGGAAGGGAGAUUUUCCUCACAGGAUGCUAUCUUCGGACUGCCACUGAAGGAUCUGGUUGUCCUCGACUUUUGCCAACAGAAUAUCUGGUGAUAUUGUUAGAUGAGGAGGAAGAUGAUGAUGCAAUGCUGCUAGGAGCUCAGUUUUGUUCAGAUUCUUUCUCUUCCAUUUCUCUUGAUGCAGUCAACAAGGGGGUUUCCUUUUCAUUGUAUGCUAGGAUUGAAUCUAUUGGGUCACUGGAAAUUCAGGGAAGGUUAAGUGCCUUACAGGGGAAACAAAUUACUCUUGUUGAUAGCGAUGGUGUCAAGUUAAAUUUUCUACUCUGGGGUGAGCAGGUUAUUCUUGCUAAUCUUUGCAGUGUUGGAAGCAUGCUUGCAUUGGAUAGACCAUAUAUUGCAAGUUCCAUAGAGAGUUCCAUUGAAACAAGUGAUGAGUUUUGCCUUGAAUACGGCAGUGCAACACAAUUAUAUUUGGUGCCUUUCAUUCAGCAUGAGGAACAAGUGUGUGUAGCAUUGACACAAAAUCGGAACCAAGGUCCUCGGCUGCUGAAUACAUUAGAUUCUAGUCAGGAACCUAAAGUUUCUCAAGUUUCCUUGCCAUGUGAUUCACUGGGUUCCAUUGACUUCAGGGAUUAUCCUUUUCGAUCGUUUGUUAUAGACCUUCGUGACAAGAUGACUGGAAUCAGCCUAUAUGGUGUUGUUACAGAUAUUAUUAAUGAAAAACAUGCUGAAGAAGCUAUUUUCUCGCUUAGAAUUGAAGAUACCACUGGAGUAAUAUGGGCAAAGCUACAUUUUGCAAAAUCUUGGUCACUGGGAAGAGUAAACCUUGGUCACACAGUGUAUAUUUCUGGUUUGACAUGCUCUAUGUCGAAGCGAAAUUGCCUGGAAGCAUUAUGGUUAGAGAAUAAUGUUGGAUCUUCUUUCUUCAAUCUCAGUUGCUUGCCCGCAUUGCUAAACUCUUCUUGUCUUCAUAAAUUAUCAAGCCUUUGUGAUCUAUCCAGCCAGACUAGCAGUACACAGAUAUGUCGAGUUUGGCUUGAUCAAGUUGCAAAUUGUCAUGUUAAUACGAAAUAUUCACAUGCUCUCUGCGGUCAUUUUGUUAACAAGACACCAAGUGGGGUUAUGGUAUGCAGCUUCUGUCAUUACAAUUGUGAUGCUGAAGUUACGCGCACUUUCCACCUGAAAAUCACACUUGCAGAUGAGAGUGCGAAAGUUUUUGCAUGGUGUACUGGUCAAACAGCUGCAGAGUUGCUGCAAAUAUCACCUGACGAAUUCUAUGAACUACCUGAGGAAGAACAGGUGAUGUAUCCUUCUUCACUAGAGAAUGAGAGGUUUAUGGUUGCAUUAGUUAAUUGCAAGAAGCAGGGUUAUGGAGUCAGUGGUGGUCUUAUCCAAGAAAAUGAUGAUGUGUCAUGGGAGAUAACUCGUGCAUUGAAGUUUGAAUAAUGUUAUGUAUGCGAAAUUUUUGUUGUUUUUGACUAAUCACCUUCACUUGAAAAAAAGGUGUAACAGGAAUUCCAUUCAGCACGACGGUGAUAAAGUUAGACGAUGGCCUCGUUUAAGUGUCAAGUUGGGAUGCAACGUAAAUUUGUAGCAAGAUAUGUAACAAGGUUAAUAAUUAUGCAAACUUAAUUUGAAACCUUAAA